CGAGCUCACUGAUGUGAGGUGUAGAUCUUCUCUGAGUGUGCUCGGUCCACUCUUGAGCUUAAGGAUGAGUGGGUCAGGGGACCAGACUGAUAUCUUGGCUGUCGGGAGCAUGGUCCGGGAGCGAUGGAGAGUGUUAAAGAAAAUUGGUGGGGGUGGUUUUGGUGAGAUCUAUGAAGUUCUUGACCAGGUGAACCAUGUCAGUGCUGCUUUGAAAGUGGAGUCUGCCCAGCAACCCAAACAGGUUCUGAAGAUGGAAGUAGCCGUUUUGAAAAGACUUCAGGGAAAAGACCAUGUUUGUCGUUUUGUUGGCUGUGGGCGCAAUGACCACUUCAACUAUGUGGUUAUGGAGCUUCAGGGAAAAAACUUGGCAGACCUUCGACGCAACAUGAGCUGUGGCACCUUCAGCUUUUCCACCUCACUCAGGCUGGGCAGACAAAUCUUAGAGGCCAUCGAGAGCAUCCACUCUGUGGGCUUCCUGCACAGAGACAUCAAACCCUCUAACUUCGCAAUGGGUCGACUUGCCAGUACAUGCCGAACCUGUUAUAUGCUUGAUUUUGGGUUGGCACGCCAAUUUACAAACUCAUGUCAAGAAGUCCGUCCACCACGUCAAGUGGCAGGAUUCAGAGGAACUGUCCGUUAUGCUUCAGUUAAUGCUCACAAGAAUAGGGAAAUGGGUCGACAUGAUGACCUGUGGUCUUUAUUUUAUAUGCUUGUUGAGUUCAUGGUGGGUCAGCUACCCUGGAGAAAAAUCAAAGACAAAGAACAGGUCGGAAAUAUGAAGCAGUCAUACAACCAUCGCCUCAUGCUCAAACACCUCCCAAAUGAGUUUAGUGUUUUUCUCGACCAUAUCUCCAACCUGGAAUACUACACUAAACCAGAUUAUCAGCUACUGAUGUCAGUCUUUGAAAAAAGCAUGAAGAGCUAUAAAGUGGUGGAAAAUGACCUGUAUGACUGGGAAAGAACAGAUUCAGAGGACACACUCAAUGUUGGAACCCUGGCAACCACAGCCCAGCAGUUGACCCGCCUCACUCCUGCAUAUUUAGGCAUGGCCAAUGCCUCCAUGAUUCCAGGCGAUCUGCAGCGUGAGAACACAGAGGACGUCCUUCAGGGUGAGCGCCUCAGCGAGGCUGAUAAUUGUGCCCCCAUCCCAACGCAGCCUGCACAGGGCGUGGAUGUCUGUGAGGAUAUGGAGCACAGCCAUGAUCGAAACCUUAACCAUGUUCAACCACUAAUCAGAAAGGUGGCUAGUGAGGAAGAGCGAAGCAAAGAGGGCAACCAGAGCCCCAACAGUGGUUCCAUCCAGGGUUCUCCCAGACACGUGCGCUCAGAGACCUUGCUCAUCGACCGUGUGGCUCCUCUACUGAGAAGGAUGCGCCAUAGUCAGAGCAUGGGGCUAGACAAAAGACUGACCCCUGAACCCAAACCCACAAUUGAGCGCUUUCUUGAGGCCUAUUUAGGGAAGCAACAUCCAGGUCUGCCCCAAGACAGGUCUGUCUGUCGGGUCGAACAGGGCUCGCUGAAGGACGAGGAGGGUGCGGCCAGCAGCGGGUACAUUGCCGUCAACCUCAGCCCCGUCCCACAAGAGGGAGACUCACAGGAGUGGUUUCUAGUGGAGCUUGAGGGUGGUUGCGGUUCAGCAGGAUCUAAACUGGAUGAGGAGGAACGCUCAGGGAUUUCACCAUGCUCCUCCAGCCCCCUCGCCCUUCCUCGCACCUGGUCCGACCCCUUGCCUCAGCGCGCUAGCAUUCUGAGUGGUUCAGCAGAAUUCCACACAGCUGUCUGCCACACUGGACCUCCGUUCACCAGACUACCAGGUUUGCCUGGCAUAAUAGGCCUGUCUGGAUUAAGAAGACUGCCCACAGUACAGCCUGCGUCAGUGGCCCUCAGCAGGACUCAUCAUGAGCAGUCAUCCAGUGCAGUGCUACAGUCCAUUCAGCCUCAGCAGAAGAUAGGAGACGACUCUCAGCCUGACAAUCAAUCAGGCCCUGUGGAAAAAGAGCACAACCACAUGCCAGCUGUUUCACCCUCUAAAAGCCCUAACAAGCCUGAUGAAAACAUUAUCUCUGUCAAGGCCUCUGACAAGGAUGUGGAGAGCGACUCGGGUUGUCCUGACGGUGGGCCUUCAACUCCCAACCAGUGUGAGAUGACUGGACUCAGUGUUGAUCCAGCUCUAGCAUCACCACAUGAACUCUCACCCCGAGCCAGUCGCAUCCCCAUCCGUGACCCAGACUCUCCAACCCGAAGAGGGUUUCCGGCUCCACUUUCUCCAUCUUUGUCACUAUCAUGUGAGCACUUCCCCUCAGCGCUGCUGCGUGACAGGUUCACCUUCCCCACCGGUUCUCGAUGGUCAGACUGGCAGACGGAGGAGCCACUCUCUCUGUCUUCCUCCUCAGGACCUGUGUCGAGCAAGAGUAAAAUACCAAGACCCAUAAGCCCCACACUAGUGCCAGAUCAGCUGUCUGCACGAUUUAUGCCACGGCCGCCACCAGGCAAACCACCCAUUCGCACAGGUGGCGAGAACAGACGCAGACGCUACCGCAUUCGUGCUAGCAGCACAGGGGACACGGACCUCUUCGACAGCCUCUCUCAGCUCAUGCAGGAGCGAGGUGCACUGGCUGUCAGCACCUCACAUUACCAACGCACCACCACCUCCUCUCUACAGCGCUCAUUGAGCUCCUCGCCUUCGCGUUUUGAGGGGGGUCACAGCCAGUCACCAAGUAGCUGCUCUGCCUCCCCGCCUCCUCGAAUCAGUGACUUGACUGUAAAUCACGGGUCUGGGUUCUGCCCCAGAGUCAGAGCAGGAAGUCCUGAGAGCAAAACCACCACAAAAACGAGCAAAUAAAGAGAAAAGCAUGUAACUGUUGGUGUGAGCUGUCAAUAUGACAUCAGUUUCAAAAGUAGCUUUUACCGUUUGAUGAACUGUAGCGUUGUGGCAAGUGGUGUUUUGAUAAGUACAGUGAUAAAGGACCAGGCAUUUGCCAGUUGGUUGUGAUUACUUGAAAGCAUCAUGUUUUGGACAUAAGAAAAACAUGAAAUAUUAACAUGUUAAAUGUUCCAGUGACGCUGUGUAACUUUCUUCUAAACAAAUU